AUGCCAGACGGUCACAAAUUUCCUGUUGAUUUGAAACAAUUCAAGCAACUCAAGCUUGACUCCAAGAAUGCAAGCCUAACCGCUGAGCAGAAGAAGGAUCUUCUGAGCAACAUUAACAUAUUCAGAGAUGCAAUUAUCGCUUUCACAGCCACAGGCGCUGCCCGCGGCGUCUCCGGCCACACAGGAGGUCCAUUUGAUACCGCUCCCGAAGUCUGUAUCCUCCUCGCGUUCAUCAAUGCCAAUCCCAACAACUUCGUCGAUGCCUUAUUUGAUGAAGCAGGCCACCGAGUCGCCACCCAAUAUCUCCUAGCUACCCUAGAUGGCAAGAUCGACCCAGAUCACCUCUUGAACUACCGUGAUGCCGAUUCCAAACUUCCCGGCCACCCCGAACUCGGAUUGACCCCGGGAGUUAAAUUCAGCUCUGGUCGUCUUGGUCACAUGUGGGGUAUGGUCAAUGGUAUUGCGAUGGCAAACGGGGGUAAAAAUGUGCUGAUGCUGGGCUCCGAUGGAUCUCAACAAGAAGGAAACGAUGCCGAGGCUGCGCGCAUUGCGGUUGCUCGAAACCUCAAUGUCAAGUUGUUUGUCGACAACAAUGAUGUCACAAUUGCUGGGCACCCAUCUCAGUACUUGAAGGGCUAUGAUAUUUCGAAGACUCUUGCAGGUCACGGCCUUCACGUUGUUCGCGCUGAGGGCGAGAAUGUGGAUUCGCUGUACGGUGCCAUGGCUGAGGUUAUCAACUACAAGGGACCGGCUGCUGUUGUCGUCGACCGAAAAAUGGCUGCAGGUAUCGAGGGCAUUGAGGGCGAAUGUCACGCUCACGAUGUCAUCACUGUUGAUGUAGCCCGCAAAUACCUUACCAAGCGUGGUUACAGCAAGGAGCAACUGGCUUUCUACGACGAGAUCAAAGGCCGUUCCAACCCAUACAAGUACUUGGGCUCCAGCCAAGAUAAGGGAGCGAACCGAUCUAUCUUCGGUGAAGCUGUCAACUCUAUCCUUGAUGGUCUAAGUAAAGAGGAAGCAGCUAAGCGGGUCAUGGUCAUCGACUCUGAUCUUGCUGGCUCAACCGGCUUGAAGGCAAUUCAAUCCAGUCACCCGGAAGUCUUCGUCCCAUCGGGUGUUAUGGAGCGAGGAAACUUCUCUGCUGCUGCUGGUUUCGGUUUCGGAAGCAAUGGCCAGCGACAGGGUGUUUUCUCAACAUUCUCUGCUUUCUUGGAGAUGUGCAUUUCCGAGAUCACUAUGGCACGUCUGAACAACUGCACUGUGCUUUCGCACUUUUCGCACAGUGGAGUCGAUGAGAUGGCCGAUAACACUUGCCAUUUUGGAUUGAACCACUUCUUCGCUGAUAACGGUUUAAUGGAUGCCGAGUCAACAUCUCUCUAUUUCCCGGCGGAUGGCGAGCAGAUGAAGGCCGUGGUGAAUAAGGUCUUCUGGAACACAGGCUUGCGCUUUAUCUUCUCCACCCGCUCGAAGGUCCCAUACAUCCUCAAAGAGGGCACUGAUCAGAAGCUCUAUGGUGAAGGCUACAAGUUUGUUCCUGGUAAGGAGGAGGUUGUUCGCAAGGGAACUGCCGGCUACAUUGUAACAUAUGGAGACAUGCUCUACCGCUCUCUCGACGCAGUUGAGAAUUUGAAGAAGAGUGGCAUCGACGUUGGUCUGAUCAACAAGCCUACACUUAACGUUGUCGAUGAGGAGGCCAUCAAGAACUACGGAUCCAGCCCAUUUAUCCUUGUCGUCGAAUCAAUUGCCCAGAAGACUGGUCUUGGCUCCCGUCUCGGAACACACCUGCUAGAGCGCAACCUCACCCCCAAGUUCAAGUCCAUUGGCGCCAUCAAGGAAGGUUGCGGUGGUUUGUUCGAACAAGUCAAUGCUCAAGGUCUGGGGCCCGAAGAUAUCAUUGCUGCUGUUAAGAGCUUGGCAUAA